AUGUCUCUCGCCAUUGUCACCAUGAUUAGAGUGACUAGGAAGCUGACCGAAUCAACCAUAUACUCGAGCGCUGUUUACUGUGACGGCAACUCAAUGAACAAGAGUUGGAUGCAGUCAGAGUCAAUGUCCACAGCUACCAUCUCAGGGGAUGAUUUCAUAGCGGUCAUGAAACGUAUGGCUGAGCUCGAGCAGAAAGUGACCAUCUUGAGUGCGCAGCCAACAAGUAUUAUGCCUCCUGAAAAGGAAGAAAUGCUGAAUUCUGCAAUUAGCCAAGCCGAUGUAUUGGAACAAGAACUCGCUGCAACCAAGAAAGCUUUGGAUGAUUCUCUUGACCCACAAGUGGAUCUCGUGGCAUACAAAGAAGAAGAAGAAGAUGAAGAAAGAAAGAAAGCCUCUUGGAGAGUCAGAGAAAUUGAAAUGGUGGAUUGA